AUGCAGAUAUCAUACUACAAGCCUAUGGUAAAUUUCCGCUUCGUAUUGCUACCAUUAUACAAAUUGUGGGUAGUAUUGGGUUUAGCACCUGUGGAAGAAGACUCCGUAUCAAAAAUACACUGCAACAAAAUUCUUAGUGUCUUACGAAGGAGAUUACGACAUCCUUCUGGUUCCUGGUUGUGCACUGCUGUGUUGAUUUCAGUAUUGUAUUGGUCUGAAAGUUUUGUAAUGCAUGCUAGUUUACCUUCCAUACCAUUAAUUAUUUACAUCAUUAUGUUAAUUAUUGCAGAAGUGAAGCUGAUUUUGAUUUUUUUGAUAUGUACUGUAACAAGGCUUAAACACAUACGCUCCUUUAUUGAAGGGCUCACAUUUGUAGACAGCCUCAUUUCUGUAAAGGAGGUAACUUGCAGUAAAUUCAUAUCCAGCUUUGUGAUCGUCGUUAACGUUGCAUUGACGAGUGGCGCUGCACUGAGCGUGUACCAGAGCUCCAUAAUUGUGUCUAUACACGUUAUAUUCCAAUUGUUUAUAGAUUCAGUUGUGGUUCUCCAAUUUGUAUUGCUGGUGUUGGAGCUUUGGGUGAGACUGACGACUCUUAACGAGUGUCUCUUGGUGGAGAUGUAUCAUCCUCGUCCUCCACAACUGCAAGUGGCGCCACAGCCAGCUACGUCGUCAGUGAGGCUGAGUCAUCUGAGAGAGGUAUUCAUGGCCUUGAUACUUGCUGCUGAGAAGUUGGAGGAACACUUUCGGUUUUCGUUGGUUGCUGAUAUAGCACAUGCCGUUUUUGGUGCGAUCUGCAGCUCAUGCGAAGUGCUUAUCAUCAUUGACAAACCAGAUGUUACUGGUUCACUGCCAUACAGCAAAUCAUUGAGGACGUCGAUGUUAUGGCUCGCAUACCACUACUUCAAGAUAGUAUGUCUGGCACUGUCUUGUGCGGCAGCUAAGGAUGCGUCGAGACGUACCGGUGUGAUCCUGCAUAGGCUACCAGUACUGUCACCUUCACUCUCUGACGAAGUGGAGGCCUUUCUCCGUAUGACGUCACUGGAAGUACAACUGAAUUUCACAGCUGCAGGGUUCAUCGAAAUCGACCGCCAUUUUCUGGUUUCAGCACUCGCUGUCGUCUUUACAUACCUCGUCGUCAUUGGUCAAUCUGUGACUGACUGGUGA